UUAUUAUCCGUUGCAGUCACGACUGUCAUUAUCCCAAACUCUCACCACCACCCGAUGUUGCAGCUCUGGUUACAAUGAGGGCACACUUACAAAGGCUCGUUUCGAGAAGGCCAACGCUAUCUAGACCAUGGACGCUGUCCAGGUCACUGACGGGUUUCCCGCCUGCCGUCGGCCCAUCUCCACAGGCGGCAGUACGGGUCCAGUCUAGGAGCAGGCUAAUGGACCCAUUCUCGCCGGAGGAACUGAAUCGGUUCACCCAGAUAUGUGGUCAGGUAACUGAACAAUCCGACUAUCCUUUGUCCAGCGAGAUCGCCCACAACGCCGUGGUGUACUCCGGUGAUCAACUUCGAAAAUUCAUUACCAAUGGCAGUCAGUCGAGAGACGACAUCAUGGCGGAGAUACAUAAAUGUUUGGCGACCGGACCCGGUGUUCUAGUGAUACGGAAAUUCGUGAAAGACACCGAUCUCAUACAAAGAACGAACAGUGUGUUGAGCAAGAUCAUCGAGCGGGAGCGCGAGGGAGCAAAAGGGGAUCACUUUUCCGCAGCGGGGAACAAUGACCGAAUUUGGAAUUCCUUCCAAAAGCACGCAAUCGCAGAUCCAAGGAGUUUUGUAGAGUAUUACUCGAAUGUACUCUUAGAUAUGGUUUCGGAGGCAUGGCUUGGUCCCGGGUACCAACUCACUGCGCAAGUCAACGUCGUACGUCCUGGGGGUAAAGCACAGGAGCCGCACCGAGACUAUCACCUCGGGUUUCAAUCCGAACGAACGGCUUCCAGGUUUCCUAUUGUCUCCCAGAUUGCCUCAGCAAUGCUCACAUUGCAGGGGGCCGUGGCCCACACACCAAUGCCUCUGGCUUCUGGCCCCACACAGCUCCUACCAUUCUCUCAGCAAUUUGAUCAUGGCUAUAUAGCCUACCGCCAACCCGAAUUUGUCGACUUUUUCCACAAGCAUAUGGUGCAGACCGCGCUCGACAUUGGUGAUGCCGUAUUUUUCAAUCCGGCGCUCUUCCAUGCCGCAGGGGAUAACAAAACGAAAGAUCUGCACAGAAUAGGUAAUUUGUUGCAAGUCUCGGCCUGUUGGUCGAAACCCAUGGAAACAGUUGAUCGCAAUGCCAUCAUCCGCGCCACGUGGUCAGAUGUCAAAGACUAUAUCGCCAACACACAAGGCGGUAUCGAUUCUCCAUCUUCGCAGGCAUUACUGAAAGCCAUCUGCGACGCGUACUCAUUCCCCACCAAUUUGGACAAGGAUCCUCCCCCGGCCGAUAGUCACUGUCCCGAGACCCAGCUCGAUCGAGUUACGCGAGGCGUUGCCGAGAAGUGGUCCGACGACAGCUUGAAUCAAGCUCUGGACGAAUUGGCGGCCAAGCGUGCGGCUUAGGGUGUGAACUUGGGGUACGGUCGAUUGUAAUUAUGUAUCACUGUAUAAGUGUGAGAGCUCAUAGCAUGCAACGCCCAAUGACUACUGAAGAGAUGGUCGAUGUUAC